AGGUAUUUGAAGUGCAUUAGAACAAUCAUGUUACUCCAAACAAUUCCUUAUAUUGCUAUGUUACGUUAUAUAAUGUGCACCGCAAACAAUACGCAAUAAUGUUGUUUUCUUUUUGUAAUGACAUGCCUCACGCCACGAGUAAUGUGGAAGGGUGUUUCCUGAACAAUAAAGAACAUUAAACGACCAUCAUAGAAGAUCGCACUGUCCCGUGAAGCCAUAACGAGACGUGUUAAUACAUAGUUAAAGUGAUGAUCUCGUUCUGUCUUCACAGAAUGUCCGUGUCGUGGUCCCUUGAUUGUUUUGUUAAUUACAUGUUUCUUUUCCGGAGAUCGUGCAGGUAUCGCGCACUUACCUGCAUGGCUCUGAAUUUACUUGAACACGGAUAAUGAUGGAAGUUUUUGCUGUGGUAGGAUUUUUGUAUAUAUUUGUAUCAUUUUAUAUAGGAUCCGCACAAAAAUCCUGUUCGUCGAAUUACAUGAAUAUCUCGCAAAUAUGUGUACCUGGACAUACUUCUGGCGAAAUGGUAAUGCUUGACUUUUCUCCAUUUGAAACCUCUGGAGCGCCCUCUUGCGACUGCAGCGUAUACGUUACAUCCGGAAAUCGUCUGGAAUUUAAUUACGUCUUUUCGCCGGGUUACUACGGAUGUGGUUCUGUUAUAACGAUAAAUCAUCGGACUACGUCCACAAUCCGAUGCCUGCAGGGUGCGGAAUCAUUGACUGUAACGCCGGGGGAUUCCGUCACGGUUCAGAUAUUUCGGGAAAGGGAAACAUUUGAUUCAAAAUAUUGCUACUUGUUACGCUCUUAUCAAGUCAGUGGACUUGAGAGAAUUCCCGGAUCUAUUAUUGUUGUUUGCAAUCAUCCAUCAUUACCUUCUACCACGGUGCAAACCACAAUAGUAACAGAACACCCCCCUGCAGUCACCACCACCACAACCACCACCACCAAUAUAGUUUCAUCUCAAACAGAAGAUGAUUUAUCAUCUACUGGAAUUCACAAUGGAUUUACAAUAAAUACGAUAAACUUCACCGGAACAGCUUUAAUUACGAAAUCGGAAGACAAAGAGGUUUCCACAUCGUACAAUUAUACAGGGACGACCGUAACAGAAACACAGCACAUUGAAAACAGGCAACUGGCCCACUUUCCGUGGGAGAUAAUCACACCUCUCAGUAUUAUAAUAUUCGUCCUCAUUGUCGUCGCCGUCAUCAUCCUUAAGGUCAGACGAAGUCGGUACCUUAAAUCCACAUAUAUACCGGCCGAGUCCAGGGCGACAAGCUGGGCCUUUAAUCAGCCUUCUCUAAACGUAUCCUCUCCGAAAAAACCCUCAAGUUUGAAAACCAAUGUCGAGAAGACUGACAGUGGCGUCUACUCCACACUUGGGGAAAACGACAAACGUUCAACUGAAUCAGUUCACAAAGCGGCAGAGAAAUACUACCGAGAAGUCAGCAUUGAUCAAGCCAUUGUUGAAAAUGAGGCAAAAACACAACGAGAACAGAGAAAAGAAGGAUUAGAUAACGCUGGAUUCGUUGAGGGAGAAGUAGAUUGCAAUGUGGAAAGGUCAAAGGAUAUACCUUCGGGAGGAUCUUCUGAAAGUGACAUUUCGAAUUUUAUUAGUAAAAUGUAUGUCACGGAUACUGAAAACCAAAAUUAUUUUCUUGAAUAUAAGGACAAAACUACAUGUAAUUCCAAAGAGGGAAAUGAUUCACAUGCAAAUAGUGUAGUGUCUGAACAGGUUCCACAGACUUCCGAAAAGCAAUUGCAAGAGGAACAUCCCCAACUUCCUAUCGACACUGGAUAUGUUAUCAUUGAUGUUCUGGCUAGCAUCUAGUGUCACCAAUCUUUAUGCCAAAAGAAACACUGCACGCUUGCCUUUGUGAUGUUGAUUACCUAAGUAUACCAUGCCCACCUAGAGAGAGACUGGUGUAAUGUAGCUUGUUGAAUGUUGCUCAUGUAAAUUAAAAUCAAUUUGUGAAUUAAACCUUAACAAUGAAA